AUGAGCACUCCUCCGAUGAAGGUGAGUCCUUUCUUCAGACUUCUAUAAUUUAGCCAUAGGGCGCAGAAAGUUAUGUAUUUUUGGGCUCCGUGGACUUUUAUUUAUUUCAUGAUGAUAUCCAGCUGUAAAAGAGUCACAGAAAAAGAUGAGCCUUUAAAAAUUGUCUUUAAAAUUGAAACAGACUCGAAAAAUGUUGAAAAUCAUGGCUUUUGAAAUGGUGGUAUGACACCGGCGAAAAUUCAAACGGCGACUUUUUCCGAUUUUUUUCAUAUCGCUAGGAAACUUUCCGACGGCCACCUUUCCGACGAAACUUUUUCCGACUUUUUCUCGAUAAACUCUUCGUUUUACAUCUUCCUAUAUAAAGUAGGUAGUUUGUUCAUAAUUAAAACACAAAGAAAUAGGAAAAAAAUGUUCAUAGAUGUUUUAUAAACCGAAAAAGCAUAAGGGAAAAAGUCGGAAAAAGUUUCGUCGGGAAGGUGGCCGUCGGAAAGUUCCCUAGCGAAAUGAAAAAAAUCGGAAAAGUCGCCGAUUGAAUUUUUCGCUGGUGUUUUUUCAUACCACCUUUGAAAUGUUUUUUUGUUAUCCAUGGGGCGCAUAAGUUGAUUAUUUAGAGCCUAAGUUACUUGAAAUUAAUUUAAGACGGUAUCCUAUUGAAAAAAAUGACUGACAGGACGGUCAUAAUUUUCGAAAUAGUGUUUAUUCUCCAUGGAGCACAAUUGACUUUAAUUCUCAAUUUUUCGAGGCUUUUUUAUGGUCUCUUUGUUCCUAGCUACUUGAGAUCAAUCUACGACGAUGUCACGAACAGCCUGGUUGCAUUUUUAUUCAGGGUGGUGUUCUGCCGAUGAAACAAUACAAUAUCGGUGCCGUUAUAUAGCGAAACAGUUACACGUGGCUUUCCCAGACAUUAAGUAUUCAAAUCGAUUCAUGAGAAAAACAGGGGCAGCCGGGGCAAAUGUCAUAAAGAAUCUCGUGACGUUUCACGACACUCCCAAGGGAACAAGGUUGAUUAGGCUCAAACAACAUUUAAAAUUCAGAAACAGUUAAUGAUGCCAUUUUGGUCUACUGACGAGUACUCAAGGUUUAGUACUGUCCAUGAAAAAAAAAUGAUAGGAAACAAGAAGUUAGGGAUUCAAGGAUCCAAGGCUAACUCUGGGUUCACAGGCGACAGGUUGCUCGACCUUUCACGUCGGCCUGCUUGUUCCUAUUCCCAACGAUGCUGUGAGCACUCGUAGGGGGAGGGGGUCCUCCCGACAAACAAAAAAAAUGGGAAUGAAAACCACGAAAUGCAUCAGUUAACAUAGAAGUGUGAGGCGAUGAAAUGAGCUGGAUAUCGGCGUUGUUGCGUUGUCGAUGGAUGACUUUUGCUCGCAGCACUGGACUGUGUUCACGGCAGUAGCACUGGAUGCGGAAUAUGUAGAAUAAGCUGAUGACUCUCUGACGUGGAAAGGGAUCGGCUCCUUUCCAAGACACAGAAGAGCUGACGUGAAUAGUUGAUGGGCUGGUAGAAUGAUGUCAGAGGUCAUCAGCGAAGAUUGUAGGCCUCGAUCGUAGUGGUCGCCAUGUCACGAACAGCCUGGUUGCAUCUUUAUUCAGGGUGGUGUUCUGCCGAUGAAACAAUACAAUAUCGGUGCCGUUAUAUAGCGAAACAGUUACACGUGGCUUUCCCAGACAUUAAGUAUUCAAAUCGAUUCAUGAGAAAAACAGGGGCAGCCGGGGCAAAUGUCAUAAAGAAUCUCGUGACGUUUCACGACAGACGAUAUCCCUGUGGAAAAAUUUAUCGCCAGGACGAUCUUAAUUUUGAAAUCAAUCUUGGUUAUCCAUGGAGCACAAAAGUCUUUAAUUCUCCAUUUUUCGAGGCUCUUUUUUCGUCUCUUUGUCCCGAGCUACUUGAGAUCAAUCUAGAACGGCAUCUUUUUGAAAAAAUCACCGCCAGCACGGUUAUAACUUGUAAAAUAAUUUUAUUCUCCAUGGAGCGCAAAUGUCUUUAUUUCUCAAUUUUUCGAGGCUCUUUUGUCGAAUUUUUUUCUCGAGCUACAUGAGAUCAAACAGCGACGAUAUCCCUGUAGAAAAAUUACCGCCAGGACGGUCAUAAUUUUGGAAUCUUUUUUGGUUGUCCAUGGAGCGAAAAUGUCUUUAAUUCUCAGUUUUUGGAGGCUCUUUUGUCGAAUUUUGCUUCGAGCUACUCCAUGACUCAUUUUCAACUCUCAACACGUCGGAAAAUGUCUUGUUCCAAGUACGCGACAAAUAAAAGAGUCCGAAAAGAGAGUGUGAAAAGAAAGCCGAUUGGAAUCGGAGGGGGCGGAAGAAUAAUGUCCGACGAUUUUUUUCGUGUCUGGCUUCUGUUUGCCUCCCGGGUAGAGCCGACCGAUCGUUGGCGCGUCGGUAGCAAUCGAAAUCUGAGCUUUUGUGCAAAGAGAACACCUUUUCCUACCCCCUUUUCAAUUCGCGCCAACCGUUUCCGGAAUUGAACUCGGCUACUUGACGCAGUGACGCAAUCUUUAUAAUCCCUGAAAUUUUUUUGGUCUCUUUUCCUUGAGUUAAAGGUUACUGUAAUCCUAAGGUGAUGCUAGACGUGAAAGAGUUUCUUAUUCAUUCAUUUGAGGUUUCAAUUUUCAAAAAGGUGCCAAAAAUCUGAUAUUUUAGGAAAAAAUUUCUGAAAAAAAAUCUUUUUUGACAAACUCAUCCAAGGAAGGCUUAAAGUUUUGAAAAUUGAUUUUUUAAGCCUCUAUCCACCGCGAUUUGAAAUGUUCUGACCUGUCUGCGCCCUCUCAAUCUCUCGUUUGCACGGUUUUUUUAUUCACUUAGAAACUCCAGAGUGGUCUCUAUAGGGACAGCUUUUGGGACCCUUUUACCAACCCCUAUAGGGGCCACUAAAGCUUGCCAAAGAGAUCCCUAUAGGGAUUUCAGUUAGUGGCCCCUAUAAGAAACAUGCUGAUCGAUAAUUGUUGUAAACUCUAUGUGAAGAAGAAUUUUUAUGAGGAAAAACUGAAUAAAUGAACGUUUUUGAAUGAAAUUGAGAGACCCCUAUAGGGUCCACUUGAGCUUUAGAGGCUAAGGGGUCAGACCCUAAACCUCUAUAGGGACCACCUUAGUUUUACCCCCUAUAAGGACCACUUUUUUCGACCCCUAUAGGAAUUUUCGACUGACAAGUCGUGCUGAAUGUAGAAUUUCCAACUGAAAAAUAUGUGUUUUUACAGAUUUUCUGAGUAUUUUUUUCUGAAUUUUGAAGCCUCAAGUUCCUGAAAAACAUUCAUUUAUUGUAAUUCCAGACGUUCCAGACACUUUUUUCACGGAAUUGAGUUAUUUUUUUCCCCUUUUUUUCUCAUUGACUUUUUGAAUUUUUUUCUUCCAAUUUCAAAACCUUGAAAAAGAUGUUUUUUGAAUUUUUUCUCGCUAAUGAGGAGGAAAGUUUAACAGAAAAGGGUCAGCUGUCAUUUUUCGUUUACCUAAAUAUUUGAACAAGGCUUUUUCUCAGUUUUGUUGGGUUUUUCGGUUUGACGUUCACUGUUCAAAAGUGAACAAAAAAACUGCAACUGGAGUCAAUAUUUAGUCGUAGUUUUUGGAUGAGAUUCUCUUGACUUCUGAGAAAAUAUUAUUGAUAGAGGAUCUCAAAAGCUUAAAGUUAUGCCCUUGACAAAAAAAUGAAUCAAAUUUUUUUAGCUUAGCUUUUUCCUCAUAUUUUUGAAGGGUUAAAAUCACGCUCGAAAUGGGUUUUUGAAGAAAUUUAAGUCAAAAAAUCUGGAAAAGAGUUUUUUUCUUUGAUCUUAAUUAAUUUGCAAAGGCUGAGUUAUUUUAAAGUGCCAAAAAUUAAGAAACCACCCCCCAAUGAAGCCCCAUUGACUAAAAAGUUCUUUCAUCAUAGGUUUAAAAUUUAACGUCAUAUUUUCAUUAGGAAAAAUUCCCACAUCAAGGAAAGUUUGGUGCACUUUUAGUGCCAUCAAACUCCCCCAAAGGAAAAAAAUAAUAUUGAUUGAUGAAUUAACUUUCAUAGUUCAAUCAUCAUAGGCUCGGAAUUAACCGUCGUACUUUUUAUUAUAGGGAAAAAAAGACCUUUGAAAUUACUUUCGAAGGAAGUUUUAACAUACUUCAAAAAAAUUUUUUGACCUGGAAACGUAGUAUAAUUUUUUUCCUGAUACUGAAAAAAACAAGUCCCAGUAAGAAAAUAAACUUGGGAAGUUAGUGCAUUUUGAGAACCAAAAAAAGUUCAAUCAACCCCCCUUUUUUUCAACAACCCCCUUUUCAACAACCCCUUCCCCCGCCCCUACUCUGUUUAUCAUAGGUUUUGAAAUUUACUUUUUAUUAAAAAGGAAAAGGCUUUUUGAAAUAACUUUCGAAGGAAAUUUUUAGAACUUUUUUAACGUCUUCGUGAAGUUUUUAACGUUAUUUUUAUUUUACCGGAAAAAAAUAUUCCACAAAAAAAUCAACAUGGAAAGUUAGUGCAUUUUAAGUACCAGAAAAACACUUCAACGAACCCCCCGCCCCCACUUUAUUCAUCAUAAGUUUGGAAUUUACCGUCAUAUUUUUUUAUUAUUAGGACCUUUGAAAUAACCUUCGAAGGAAAUUUUAUCUUUUUGACGAUUAACCGAAGUUCUGACGCUAUUUUUUUAUAAUACCGGGAGAAAAAACAAGUCCAACCAAGAAAAAAAAACAGCCAAAGAGGAGGAAAUGAAAUGUUUGCGCGGCGAUGAUGUGAUGAGUCAUCGCGGCUGAAAUUUUUGCAACAACUCGCUCCGACACUUCCCCCUACACAACGUUCCUGUUUCAGACAUUUUAUUAUAGUUUUUCUGGAUUGUUUUUAUUUUUUUCGACAUAUCAAACAUAGUUCAAGUAUUUUUGCAAAUUUUUGUAAUUCCAAAGAUUUUUUUGAAUAGGUAAAUUUAGUAAAUUAUUGAAAAAAAUCGCUACUUAUUUCAAUGAGAAAUGAGUUACUAACAAGGAUGAUCAUUUUUACUUUUUCAGUUGGGAAUUUUCCUGGAAAUUUGUCAGGAUGCUCUUCGAUGUACCAGGAGAAGAUUCUAAAGUCUCAAAACUGCUCAUGAAUUCCUAGUUUUUUUCGAGAAAAGAAAGUCGAUGAAAACCCUCAAAAUCCAUUAAAAUAGGUUAAUUUUUCGAGCUUUAGGCCCUUAUUUUUUUCGGAAAACUAGGACGUUUUACAGUUUGAGACUUUCUAUCCAUCUGGUACAUCUAGGAGUGUUCUGGCUGAGUUUUCAGGAGUGUUUCCAAUUUUUUUCGAACGCAUUUUUUUGUCUCAAAAAAAUGUCACAGAAAUGAAAAAUAAAUAGGUUUUUUUGAGGUUGAAUUGAGCAUUUUGAGUCAUCAUGAGUCAUGUUUUUGACUCUUGACGAGAGAAUUUUUCUCUCGAGUUUUUUUAAAACUAUUGGUAUUUUAUCAAGAGAUGAACACUAGAAUUCCCUGAGAAACGUUAUUUUUUUAACUUUCGAAAAAAAUCCUCAGCCUAAAUGAUUUUUCCUGUUUGCAGGAAGGUUUUUAAAUCUUCAAGUUUUUUUCUUCGAUGCUCGUUUGAUGCAUUUUUUUCAUUUUCUAUGCUGAAACUCUUGAAUUUAAUAAGAACUAUUUAUGAAUUUUUUUAAAGGGCUUUCUGUAAAAUUAUUAUAAUGCCCCUGGUUAGGAAUACUCAAUUUAAAAUCUUUUUUUGAAUAAUUUUUCAAAUUUUUUUAGGUGCUCUUUGGGUUAUAAAUUAUAUCAAUGGCCAAAAACUAGAUUUUUAACUCCUUAUUAUCCGAUUUCACUUCUGGAUCUCUUGGUACCCUGAGAAAUACAAUACUAUUAAUAAUAAAGCUUUUUCGAUUGCCGAAAAAAAUUUUUCUUCAUUCUUUUUUUGUUACAGUUUUUCUGGCUUCCUUUGGGCUUAUAAAUGAUGUCAAUCGCUCAAAAUACUCAACUUAAAGCUUCUCUAGGGUCAUGUUUCUUUUCUGGAUCUUUUAGGAUGAGAAUAAGGCCAUUUUAGGGAAGGUUAAGUUUCUUAGGCUCUCAAAAGAUUUUCCUACACCCUUUUGCGGUUUUCAAGCUUUUUAAGCCCUUCUAGAUGUCAAUGGCACAAAAAACUUGAUAGAAUGUUUCUUAAGCGUCAUUUUCCUUUUCUAGAUCUCAUAGUACCCAAAAAACGCCGUUUUAACGAACUAUAAAGCUUUUUUUCUCCCGUCUUUUAGGCUUAAAGGGGGUUUCAAUGACUUCCAAUCUCCUUCUUGAUUUUUUAUGAUCGGAAAAAGGUCAUUUCAGUGAAAAUUAAGCUCUUGGAUUCCCAAAAAGUUGAUUUUAUUUUUGCGGUUUUCAGGCGUCCUUUAGGCUUAUAAAUGAUGUCAAUCGCUCAAAUAACUCGAUUUAAAGCUUCUCUCGCGUCAUUUUCCGCUUUUUAGGUCUCAGGGCACUCGAAAAAGGCCAUUUUAAUGGAAAUAAAGCUUUUAUGCGUCUUAGAGGCUUAGGGUAGGUUACAAUGGCCUAAAAUACCCCCCCGCCCCCAAGCUUCUUAUUGAUUUUUUGAUUGGAAAAAGGUCAUUUAGUGAAAAAUGAAAGCUCUUGGAAGGAUUUUUCUUUAUUUUUUUACGGGUUUUUAGGCGUUCUUUAGGCUCAGAAUACUCGAUUUGAAAUCCUCUAGAGCCAUAUUUCUGUUCGGGAUCUUUUAAGAUGGGAAUAAAGCCAUAUCUGGAGAGAUUAUACUUCUUCCGCUCCCAAAGGAUCCUUUUGCGGUUUUUUUAAGCUUUUUUUUUAGGCUUAAAUAUGUGGCAACGGCUCAAAAUACUCAAAAUAAUGAAGAUAAACCUUUUUCUGGCGUCUUAUAGGCUUAUAAGUGAUGUCAAUGACUCAAAACACUCAAUUUAAAGCUCCUCUAGGGUCACAUUUCUCGUCGGGAUCUCUUGAUACCCGAAAAAAAAGGGCCGUUCCCAUCAUCUCAGCGGGGUGAAUACAUCGCGAAAAACGGCCAUCUGCUUGCUACACGCACAAAAAUGCCAAGCAUUCGGUGCGAAUUCACCAUUUUCCCAUUUCAAAACCGAUCAUUUUCACUUUGCGACCGCCGAUAUUCAUCUUUCUUUUGGCCUUCUCCAUACACACGACCUUCUCUUCCCCUUGUUUCUUGCUAUUUAUGGCCUUUUAAUAUGCGCAUGGGAUCGAUUGAGUGGAUUUUACAGUUGAGGAAGGAGCUUGGGAGUUUUUUGGAGAUUUUUAGCUCGAAAUUAGCUCAGAAAAAGCCUUGAAGUUUUUUUUGAACACUUUUUUGAACUUUGGGGUUGUAAAAAUUGAUUUUCUCAGAAGUUUCAAGUUGAAUACGAGGAUCUGAGGGAGUUUUAGAAGAAUUUUAUUGAGAAAAGAUAUUUGAAAAAAUUUUCCUACACAAAAUCGGCCGCGUAGGAAGCUUUCAUCCAAAUAAUCUUCAUUAUUUUUUCAAAGUUCCAGGAGAUUUUUGAAGUUUCUCAAGCAGUUUUUAAUAUUUUCAAAACAUAAUUGAAAAAUAUUCGAAAUUUUAAAUUUCCGUCCAAAACGACCACACAAUAGCCAUCAAAUGGAACUUUUAUCCGUUUUUUCUUCCUUUUUUUUCUUGGCCGCUCAGAGGUCAUAAAAAUUGGCCGUAAGAACCUGAUCGCCGCCCUUUUAUAGCCUAUUCCGCCUACUGAACAUUGUCGAUUUUCCUCUACCCCUUGACUUUCUAAUCAAAAAAUAUACUUUUAAAAAGCGCAAAAAGAUUGCUUGCUCCCGGUGAGGAUCGAACUCACGACCUUCAGAUUAUGAGACUGACGCGCUGCCUACUGCGCUACGGAAGCGGCCGAUGUCGGAGAGCCUCUAGUGCCACUAUCACACGCGGCGCGCCCUUGAUAGAACUCAUUAGUUUAUAAAAAAAUUAUUUUUUUGGGAUUAAAGUAUGAUUUUUUAUUCUAAAUUUGCUAUUUUUUUAGCCUUUUUCAUCACGUUAUUUUCAAUGUAAAUUUUUUUGAUUUUUUUCAGGUCGAAAUAAAGCUAUUUUUUUGUAAUUUUUCACAACAAAAAUAUCAUUCUUUGAUCGUUAAUUCAACGUUUUUCCAGCCUGCAAGAACUCUACUGCCCCACGAAAUCCCGCAAAUGCUGCACCGAAGCCCGUCGGGCGCCAAGCGGAAAAAUCCGGCAAAAAAACAGUGAGUUCGGAUUUUUUUCUCAAUUUUGCAAGUUUUUUUAAACGUUUUUUUGGUAGUUUUAUCGAAAAUGAAAAUUAUUAAUUAAUAUUUUUGGCUUAAAUUUCUGCGUUUAUGAAAAAAUUCUGUUGUAAACUUGAUUGUUUUGCUGGUGAUUUUCGUCAAUAUAAAAAUAGUUCUCUGUAUUGAAACGAAUAGGGAUUGAACUUGCGACCCCUAGCUUGAUAGUCAAGCUUCUUAUCCACUAGACCAACCAACUAGCUCAACGUCGUUCAUUCAUGUUCGAUAAUUAUAGGUUCAAUCACUGCAUACGGUGAGGAAAUAAGUCGUUUUAAUAAUCCAAGACAGAGUGUGGAUUCCAGAGUCUCGCGACCGUCGCCAUUCCUCUCGCCGUCUUCCUCAUCGUCAGUGACGUCAUCGACGUCGCCGACGCCGACCGACGACGGGAACUAUCGGUCGCUCAUCGAUUCCGGCGACUAUCAGUCGAUCCUCCCCAACUAUGAGCCCGUCUUCGCCCCGAUCCCUCCGCCAAGGUAUAGAUCAGCUUUCUGAUAUUUAAAUAGUAGAAAAAAGGGAUUUAGAACGAGGAAAUUGGUAUUUACUUUCUAAGACAUACUCUGAAUGUUCUGAAACUUGCUAGGCUAGAAAAAAUAUAUUUUUGAGUUUUGAAAGUUGCAAUUUACUCUAGACUUCACGACUAAAAAGGUCAUUGGAUCGACUCUUUUCGACAUUUUUUCAAUUUUUGCCGUUUUUUUUCUAAAUGCAGAACUUAGAGCUGUAAUAUUUACAAAAUUUGGUUUUUUUUUUGAUGGCUAAAUACUAUUUUUGAUCGAACUGAGGUCACGGGUUCGACCCUUUUUGGUGCUUUUCAAUUUUUGCCGUUUUUUUUUCAAGUGCGUUGGUAUCAAAUGCAGAUCAGGAUUCUCAGAGCUGUAAAAUUUAGAGAUUUUAGAGUUUUAUUGAUGACAAAAGCUCUUUUUAUAGAUCUGAGGUCACAGGUUCGACUAUUCUCGAUAUUUUUCGAUUUUUUGCCGUUUUUUUUUCAAGUGCGUAGCUAUCAAAUGCAGAUCAGAAUUCUUAAAGCUGUAAAAUUUACAGAUUUUACUCUUUUUUGAUGGUUAAAAGGUUUUUUGAUCUAUCUGAGGUCCCAGGUUCGACUCCUGUAUUUGCUUUUUUGCCUUUUCACGAUUUUUCGAAAAGUCUUUUUUGGUCACGUAAGUUGAAAAUCGGAAAAGUGGGGUUUUCAACCUUUUUUUCCAGUCCUUAAGUGGUUCCAGUAGUUUCAGGAAGAAAUAAACCAGUUUUUUCCCGGCCAGAAUCUGUAUCUUUACCAUAAAAACUCGAGUUUUCCUCCCUGCCAGAGGACCGAAAAUCGAGUUCUUUUUUGUCCCUCGUCCUGUUCAAGCCAUUGAAAUGGAUCGUCGGCGCACACAAACACCAAGCGUAUUGUCACGUUGUGUGUGUGUGUGUGUGACUGUGUGAGCACUCGAGGAGCUCAAAGCAACCGGAGCCGACUUUCGGAAGCUUUUCCUCCGGCCGAAAACCGUUGCUCCUUCGGCUACCGCUGAUUUCGGAGCGUUUUGCAGAGUUUUCGGUAGUUAAUUCUGUUCAUUUUCGAUUUUUGAUUUUCGUUUUUGAAAGGGUCAUAGUUCUGGCGAUCUUUUUUUUCUGAUAAAAUGUGGAAUUUGGCCUUUUUUGUCUUGGUUGAAAGGUGGAAAUCUUUGCUCCUUUGGCUAGCGAAAAUUUCGGAACAUUUUGCGGAUUUUUCGGUAGCUAAUUCUGUUCAGUUUCGAUUUUUAAAUCACUUUUUGAAAGGGUCAUAGCUUUGGCAAUCUUUUUCUUCUUAGAAAAAUAAUUUAGUUUUUUUGAGAUCUCUAAGAAUUUUUUGUAGUGACUUUAGCUUUUUUUACCUAUUUUUUUCUACGCUUUUUAGGCUUGAAAAAAAUAUGAAUUUUUUUGUGGUUUCUUUUUGUCUUGGUUAGUUUGCGGAUGGUUAAAAAUUGUGCUCCCAUGUUUACUAGUGAGCUUGGGAGCAUUUUGAAAAACAUUUUUAAAAUUUCGUUGAGUUUUUCAUUUUUAACGUGCAGGAGUUUUUUCCAAAUUCAUAGUCAUUUGAGAUCGUCUGAGAGUUUUUUUGUAGCGAUUUAAUAGUUUUAUAUUUUUAGUUUAUUUUUUUAGAGGUUCAUGGUGAAAUCUAGUAAUUUAUCUUGGCUUUCCGUAUUUUCCUACGCUUUUUAGGCCUGAAAAAUGUGGACUUUUGUGGUUUUUGGUUUUUUUCGUGUUGAUUAGUUAGCGGUUACUUCAGUGAAACCGUCGCUACCGGUUACAUGCGGAGCAAUUUCGGAAGUUUUUGAGAGUUUGUUUUUUGAUGUUGAUUUUUUGAUUUUCAAUGGGCUUUUUAGAUGAUCCUUUUUUGAGUUUUUGGUAACUUGAGAGCGUUUGAAAAUUGUUCGUAACGAUUUGUUAGUUUUCCUUCCUAUAGAUUUUGUUAAAGUUUCAUGGUUAUUUCUGGCCUUUCCACGAUGUUUUAGACAAAAAUUUCUGAUCUAAUUUGGUUUUGUUUGGAUAGAAGUUUUUCGUGAUUUAGAAAAUUCUCAAAAACCAUAUUUUUAGUCUGGUCUAACUCUGAGAGGACAAAAAGAAAAAUUAACGAUGGAUUGAACUAUAUUGACAAUCAAAAUCACAGUUUCAAGUCAAGUUUUUUUCGAACUCGGAAAAUUGACAGACAUUGAAUGUCUCAUUUCUCCGAUAAUUAAAACAUAAUUUGCACAAGAGAAUAUUACUGACCCAAAUCGAAUCGAGGCGCGAAAUCGCGAAGCGCCUCGUUUGCCCUUUUUCGUGUCCCCCCUCCUAAACUUUCACCUCUUCCUCUCCCAGCCUGUAUGCCCGUGUGUGUGUCAUUUCGUUUCGUCGCACUUGAGAAGUUCGCCGUUCCUUUUGUCAGCUUCUUCCACGCCUUUUUGGCUUGCAAAUCGUGAAUUUUGGCGCAUUUUUUGGUCAUUUAUGGCCUCUAAUGGCUUUAAUUUUCGUCCUAAAGCUCCUAGGUUCAACCCUGUUAGUCUUUUUUGCUAUUUUUCGGCUUUGUUACGUUUUCUAGGGUUGAAAAACGUUGAUUUUGGUCAUUUUUUGAUCAUUUAAGGCCUCUAAAUGAUUCAAUCAUCCCUUUAGAAGUCCUAGGUUCGACCCAAGUAGUCGUUUUUGCCAUUUUUCAACUUCUUCCACGCCUUUUUGGCUUGGAAUAGGUGGAUUUGGGUCAUUUUUUGGUCACUUAUGGCCGAUAAACGCUUGAAUUAUCAACGUUAUGGUCCUAGGCUUAACCCCACUAACUCUGUUAUUUAUAAUUUUCAGCUUUUCCUGCUCUCAUCAACUUUUAAUGUCUUAGGUUCAACCCCGGUAGUCGUUUUUUGCUCUUUUUGGCUUCUUUACGCUUUUUUGGCUUGGAAAACGUGGAUUUUAGUCAUUUUUCGGUCAUUUAUGGCCUCUAAAUAAUUCGAUCAUCACUCCAGAAGUCUUAGGUUCGACCCCGGUUUUCAUUUUUGCUAUUAUGAGUAUUUCAUACUUUAUUUUAACUUUAAAAUUUUUGUUCGUUUUUCAUUUUGAUUUUUCGACGCUCAAACUGCCCUUCUAGUGCUUCUAGCGGCUUACCAAACGUGAAUUUUAUUCAUUUUCCGUGUUGGAUUUGCCUUUUUUCUUCAAAUCUAGAGAUCACGAGUUCGAUUCCUGCCGCCGGUGGUUUCUUUUUUGCCUUUUCAGAAGUUUUUUCUUUUCAUAGAGAUCUACAUUUUUGGAUUUUUUUCAACAAAAUCAAAUAAUUAAGAAAGGCUAGAGUUUUUAUAAAAUUGCUUGGGACUUGAAAUUGUGAACAUUUGUUUUUUUAAACCUCAGGAAGAUCUCCUGAAUUUUUUUGAAAACUGUGUUGGAUCGAUGUACGAUAGAUUUAACGUCUUUUUAAAAAAAAAUCUACCAUAAAAUUUUUUUCUUAUGGAAUGCCCACCAAUUUUCAGUCUUAAAAAAAUAGGUUCAUUUCUGUCUUUUUUCAAAAAAAAACUUUCCUAGAGGUUCCACUUUGCUGGGCUUCUCCUGAGAGCUCAUGAUUUGCUUGGCUUGACGACGAAACAACUUUUUUUUAAAAUUUUACAUGACUUUCCAAUCAAUAUGAAUCCAAUGAGAGAAGCGCGCCGAAAAUUAGGCAAAUUUUUGCGAGAAACUUUGGGGACAGGUUCCGAAACCUUCCUUUGCGCCUCUUUUAUGAGAUUGAACGAGAAGAAUUCACGCGCCACGCAUUCCAUUCAUAAUUUGCCGCCAUUCACGGCUUUUUCCCUCCUGGAAAUGCAUGGUUGUUGUGUAAAAUUAGGGUGAAGGUGAAGAUCUUUUUACUUUUUGCUGUUGAAGUUUAUCAUGAGUGAAAUUUGGAGCUUUUUAACUUCUUUUUUUCGAAACGUUCAGAAAUGUCAGUAACAGGGGGCACUUUUUGCUGUUUUAAAUGUUUAAAUUUCCCUUUUUUUGAAAAAUUGGUUCUGUUAGAGGUUUUUUUCGGCCCUUGAACUGUAUUUUUUUAUUCGUAUUGAAUAAAGGAUGAUGAUGAUGAAAUUUCACUAAUAGGGGGCACCUUACUUUGCGGUCGGCAUUUUCCUGAAAAUUGGCCAGAACCCUCCUUGAUGUACCAGAAGAAGAUUCUGAAAUCCUCAACCUGCACAAUUUCUUCGUUUUCUAGAAAUAGAGGCUCAAUGAAAACCCUCAAAACCUUUCAAAAUCGCCCUUUUUUGGACUUUCAGCUUCUGUUUCUCGAAAACUAGGAAGUUGGGCGGGUUGAGGCUUCCAGAAUCUUCAUCAGGUGUUCUGGCCAAUUUUCAAAAAAUUCCCAAUCGCAAAGUAAAAUGACCUACCCUGUAUCUUGAGUAAAAUUUGCAGCUGUUCAAUUUUUUUCUUUCGAAAUUUUACAUUCAAAAGUUUCACCAAAAAAAAAUGUUUCCAAUUUUUUUAAAAUUUUUUUCUCGGAUAUUUGAAACAAACUAUAUCUUUUCUUCUUUUUGAAUUUUUCUGGUCGCACUUGGAAUGGCUUAAAGUGUUGCAGUUUUAAUGUCGAUCCUGAGUUUAGUAGGUUGUUUUACGGGUUUAUGAUGCUCCCGAGCGUAAGCAGUUUUGGGUCGGACAUGCUUUUUACGGCUAUUUUGAGCCAUUCCACGUGCCGCCAUGGGUUUUCAAGAUGAACCAUUUAGAGUAGUUUCCAAGCUUUUUCACUAUUAAAAAUUGAUUGUUUCAAGCACUGUUAUAUUUUUUUUUCCGUUUUACGAUUUUUGCAAGAAAGAUCAUAUCUCCAAAAGAGUAAAGGAUUCUAUUUUUUAAUUUUUUUUUGCGUCAAAAAAUUCAAUUUUUUGCCUUUUUUUCAUUGUAGCAACCUUUUUAGAACAUUGCUCAUAUUAUAAAGAACACUAUGAACUGACCAGCCAAAAAACUGUUUUUUUCGUGAACAGACAGAUAAUCCGUUCCGUUCCCGCGCACGGCGGAUUAGCGCAGCCGGCUAAGCUGUUGACCGACGUCCGCGUGGUCGCUGGUUCGAAACCAGUUGACCGGCUUAAGCCGUUUUUGUCUGAUUUUUCGCUCAAAUCGAAUUUUUUCGCUUUUCUGAAAGUUAGAAGCCUUUUUUUCUACUUCUUUGAAUAUUUUUGUCUAACUCGAGCUGAUUUCUUCAAUUAUCAGCAUUGAGAAGUAACCUAAACUCUUUUUUUCCUCGUCAAAAAGUCAUAGGUUCAAUUCCUAGCCAGGUUUUCGGAUUUUUGCCAUUUUUUGAUCACUUUCAGAGAGCUCCGAACGCUCCAGAAGUACUAUAAAGUAUCAAACGAAAUUCCGAAGGUUUUGCCAUUUUCUUCAGACUUCCAGAAGUAUUUUCUGAAGAGUCCAAACAAAAACUCUCGGAAAACGAGAUUUCUCCCUCCCGAAACGUCCGCAGUUAAUGGACGUCCGCAACACACGUGCACUAUAUUAUGUCAUUUGGUGUUGUUUUUUGUUGCGUCUGCGGCUGCAAAAUGGGCGCAGAAAUAAACCGGCUUUCGGCCACGCCCCCUUUUAUGCGCCUUCUCGUCGAGAACGAAUGAACUGAACCGUUUUUGGCGUCAGCUCCAGCUUUUGCCGUGAUUUUUGAACUUUUUGAGAGGUGCUAGAAAAUGACAAAAAUUCGGACUCCCUGGGGAGGAUUCGAACCUGUGACCUUCUUGAUAAUGCUACCUAUUGAAUUGUAGCUGCAAAAUGGGCGCAAAAAUAAACCGGCUUCUGACCACGCCCCCUUUUUUGCGCCUUUUCGUCGAGAAUGAAUGAACUGAGCCGUUUUUGGCGUCAGCUUCAGCUUUUUCCGUGAUUAGAAAAUGGCAAAAACUUGGAUUCCCUGGAGAGGAUCCGAACCUGUGACCUUCUUGAUGUCGCUACCUAUUGAAUUGGAGUUUUCUCUCGCUUUCUCAAGUCAUUUUGAGGGUUUUACAGUUUUUUGAAGCCUGCUAGACCCUGUGACCGUAUCAAAAAUUGAUCAAAUGUUUAAUUUUUCUCAUUUUUUCAUUAAUUUAAUAACAGAGGAAUGCUGAUAUCAAUCCCAAACGGACAAAAAAGAUCGAAUCGUACAAUUUUUAUCGCUCCGCUCAACAGACGGUUUCUUUGUUGACUUUUCUUAUCUUGGAUUGAAAUUCGAGUCUAAAAAGGGAAUUUCGGUGAGGAAAUGAUGUGUUUCAGAACUAAUUUUCAGUCAGUUAACUGGAAAAUUGGGAAUUUCCGGAAUUUUUCUGAAAGAAUCGAGUUUUGAUAGAGAAAUUAGACCGGAAGUUUGGUUCCUAGCAAGUUUUUUUCAAGAUAAAAGGGUUACAGGUUCGACUCCUCCCCCCGAAAUUGAAUUUUUGCCAUUUUCUAUUCCUCUCGAAACAUUUGACUUUGACUUUUUCUGAAGUAGCUGUUCAAGUUCCGUAAAAUAAAUUUUAAUUUUUUCUUUUUUUAUGCGUUUCUUAAUAUUGAAUUCCUAAUUUUUCAAUCAAAUUUUUUCUGAACUUCCAAAAUGAACCGCCAACCUUCGGGAUGGGCUACCUUAUCAUAUAGAGAGAGAGGAAAUUAUCACUUUUAUCACCUCAAAUAAUGGAUUUUUGUGCCCCGGUUCCCAUCAUUUCCCGUUCUCAUAACAUCUUUAGAGAGGCCGAAGAUUUCCUUCCCAAAAUAUGUACCGCCUCGUGAUUUUUGUUCAGUUAUUUGGUUUCCCAGGCUGAUAUGAUCUUUUGGAAGGCUUUUAACCGGAGAUUGUGAAGGGAAAGGUCGGUUUUUACUGAUUUUUACUGAAAUUUUGACUCUUUCUUGACUUUUUGACUACUCUCUCAUAUGAAGAAGCUUGAAAAAAAUAUUUUAAUGACAAAUUUCGUUUCCCAUGAUCUUUUGGAAGAUUUUUAACUGAAAAACGUGAAGGGAAAAGUUAUUUUUUACUGAUUUUUCCGAAAUUUUUGACUCUUUCCUGACUUUUUUUGGCUAAUAUCUCAUGUAAAGAAUUUUUCAAAAUGAACUUUUUUAUGAAGAAUUUCGUUUCCCAUGAUCUUUUGGAAGGCUUUUUAACCGGAGAUUGUGAAGGGAAAGGUCGGUUUUUUUACUGAUUUUUUUAUGAAAUUUUGACUCUUUCUUGACUUCUUGGCUACUCUCUCAUGUAAAGCAUCUUGAAAAUGGUUCUUCAUGAUAAAUUUCCGGCGGCUUGUAAGUUUUUAGAAAAUGGCAAAAAAAUUAGAACUUGGAGGGAGCCGAACCUGUGACCUUUAUUUUUCGUUACUUGUUUCCGAAAUUUAAUGUUUUUUGGUUGGAUUAAAGAUUUCUCACGUUUUUCUGGAUGUACUUUGGUGCUAUUAGAGUUUUUUUGGAAGUUUCGAAAAUUAAAAAAAUUAGAAAGACCUCGAGCAGGGGGGCUAUCAUGGCACUUUUUUUCAAUAUUUUUAAAACUUUCUCAUUUUUCUGGUUAGGUUUUUUUCCGUUUUUUUCUUCCCUUUAUGAUGCUUUUUCGCCCUAAUCAAUAAAUGGCAUAAUUUGGAUCGAUUUCCUGUAAAACCUAUGACCUGCUCGCCAUGUUUUUUUUUCCGAAAUUUUUAAAAAAUGUUCAUUUUUUCAGGUUAUCGGUACCGUUUUCGACGUCGAUGAGCUCGUUGGAGAUGUCUUCGUCGAUGAUGACGUCAUCAAUAAUUCCGAUGACGUCGUCUGUUCAUAUUGGAAUGACGUCAGCGAAGCCGACGGUUGAGGUUCGUCGUUGGCUUCAAAAAAAAAUCUUUUUUGACGUCCUGGAAAAGAGGUUUUAUGACGUCAUACUGUUGCUCAUAUUAGCUCAGGAACACGUGUUUGGAUGAAACGUGACACCAAAAUAAGUGCAAAAAAAAUUUAUAUCUGGAGAGGACUCGAACCAGAGACCGUCUUUCUGGCUUCCGGCUCCUUAGCCACUUGACCAAGCUCUUCUAGCUCUUCUAUGUAGCUGUAUACCGACGUGAUGAAAUCAAUGAGACUCGAAACGGCUUAUCGAGCGCCUAUAUUUGUUGUUGACUUUUCAACACCGUCGAUGCCAUUUUUCUCGUCGUUUUUGGCAAUCCUCCUUCUUUUUUUGGUAUUUUUGGCCUGUAGGCUAGCGAUUGAAGGUUUCUUUUCAAUAUCGAGGCUUUUUGCUCCAAUCUGGCGAAAUUUCGAAAAAAAAAUGAAUAUUUUAAAGGCGCAGGGCGGGGCUUAAAUUGAUAGAGAUUUUUUUCAUGCUCCUUUGAAUUUUUCGGCUAGAUCCUUUACAUCAAUUUAUCACAUUGAUUUUUGAAUAAAGGCUUCGGUCAAGAUAAACGAAAUAGUAUUAGAAAAUGAGAGAUUUUGAACUGAUCCUGGUUUAAAAAUAUGAAAUUACGUAUUUUGUCAGUAAGCAAACGUAGAUCAAGGUAUUUGAUAGAACUUUUUUUGAAAAUUCAUUUUUUUCAAGCCUUGAAAGUCGAAUUUUUGACAUUUUCCAAGUUUUCAGGUUCAUCCGAUGCCGACUGAAGAGCGGAUGACGUCAUCAUCGGAAAGGAAUUCCUCACUGAAUAGUUCGAUCGACACGGAUAUCCUGAAGAAUAAACCGAAGCCGGCGGUUCCGGCCAAACCGAAAGGACUUCUUAUCGAUCAUCUCAAUCGGUUGGUUCAUGAGUAAAUUUGUUUUUUAGUUGAGAAAAUCUAUGAAAAACAAGCUUUCUUCAAAUUUUUGUUUCUAGAUUGCACAGUAGAAAAAUAGCAAAAAAAAAAUGAGUCAGAGGAAUCGAACAUAUGACCUUUUAGAUGAUAGUCAAGACGCUUAGCCACUACACCAACACAGCAAAAUCAAAAAAAAAGCCUAUUUUUGCAAAUUUUUCGAUCACUGUACACUUUUCCCGCUAGGAGCUUCCAAAAAACAGCAAGGUGGUGAUAAAACCAUGACUAAUGUUUGAUAAGACGCCGAGAAAAAAAAGGGCUGUCAAGUGCACGAUUUUACGAUUUUCCUUGUUUCUUCUCUCUUUCCAACCAAGCCGUUACUACUUCUCAAACUGAUGGGAAAGAAAAAGAAGAAGCUGGCUUAUAAAUGCCGCGUGAAACGUAAUAACAACGCCUCGAAGGGGGGCUGGUUCAGCCACUUUUGCCCUUUCUUUCCGCAUUCCAACAACGCAGUUCACUUUUCUCCCUCCUUUUCGUGUACCUUUUGGCCUUGAAACAGUUGGAAAACGAGAAAAAUGAGCUUUAUUCCGGUUUUUGUGACUUGGCCUAGUGGAUAACCUUAUUGGCUGUCACUCGAGAGGUCAGUGGUUCGAUUCCUGGACAGCUCAAUUUUUUUUUGCUUUUUUUUCAAACCUUUUUGGCCUUGAAACAGUUGCAAAUAGGUUUGAAUAAAACGGGGAAAAUGAGCUUUACCUCGAUUUUUGUGACUUGGCCUCUUGGCUAUCACUCAAGGGGUCACUGGUUCGAUUCCUCUCCGCGAAAUUAUUUUUUUUGCUAUUUUUUCAUCUGCUUCCUGGAUGUUCCUAGAGCUCUUAUGAUCAUAUUUGAUGACUUUUUGUCUUCAAGCUCAACCUCGAUGACGUCGCUCUCCUCACCGGUAGUUCACACGUCAUCGGCCUUCCUGAACACGUUCGUCGCGACGCCGUCGUUGAUCAACCUACAGCAAGGCUACCGUAACCCAGAACUUGGUAGUCAAGAACUUGCCCGGCUUGAAUCUUCUCGUCAUGAGGUAUGACUUGAAAAAAUUUUAAAAAAUAACAAUUUUCUCAGUCGAUCAAAAAAGUGUCGAGAAACCUGACGACCUACGAGGAGGAGAAGGGCUUCAUCGAAAGUGAGCUGGAGGAGGUACUUGAACUUUUUCCAACUCAAAUAUCGAUUUUUUGAAGAUUGAACGAACCGGAGCACGAUUGCUGUCGAUUGUUGAGCGACAUGACAAGAAUUUGGCUGGAAAGGUGAGCUUUUGGUAGUGAUCACUGUAGGGAUCUAGAUUUGAAGUGACCAUUUGAGGGAUUUUUUGCCCGAAAAUUUCAGUUAAGCAGACCAAAAUCUUUAAAUUUGAAAGUUAAGCAGACCAAAAAUCUUUUGAGCUAUCCAAAUUGAGGAAUUUUUUUUCACGCAUUCCUCAGCGUUAUAGAGUUCAUUGAUAUUUUUUUGAGAAUUUGGCUGGAAAGGUGAACUUUUGGAAGUGAUCACUGUAGGGAUGGAGGCUCUGUAAGUGACCAUUUGAGGGUUUUUUUGCCCGAAAAUUUCAGUUAAGCAGACCAAAAAUCCUGAAAUUUGAAAAUUAAGCAGACCAAAAUCUUUAAAUUUGAAAGUUAAGCAGACCAAAAAUCUUUUGAGCUAUCCAAAUCGAGGAAUUUUUUUUUAUAUGCAAUCCUCAGUGGUAGAGAGUUCAUUGAUAUUUUUUUGAAUUCCAAAACCUCGAAAAUGCGACCACUUUUUAGAUCCGGCGACAUCUUGAAAACAGCCGCGAGCUACGGCAAGUGGAAACGAAGCUCCGCCUACAACUCGCCAAAAUAGACGAAGCCACGCGUGAUGACGUCAUCGACAAGGUAUGACGUCAUUCUUUCAAAAAUUGAAAUUUCAUUCAAUUUUAAUAUCUGAGUUAAGUUUUUAAAACACGAAAAAGGGGCGUGUCCAGACAAUCGUAGAACUUAUAACCUUUUGUUAAUUUUUACUAGCUUUUUUUUAAAUGUUUAUGAAACCUGAAAUUUUUUUUUUGAAUGAAUUUUUGCCAUAUAACUUUCGUGAAUCCGCGAUGUCGUUUUAGAGAAGUUUUUUGCUUUUUUCUAUUUUUUUUUUCAGUCUGUCGCAGCGUAUGAAGAGUCACGACUACGGCGUCGAUUCCAAGAAACUGAGUUUUUGAGGAAUAUUUAUGCUCGUCGGGAGAAAGACCACGAGAGGGAAUUGGUUGGUUUUUUUUUUUGAAAUGAGAAAAUUAGAAAAGGAACGAUAAUACAUGGAAAUAGAGCCUUUUCAACUUAAAUUGAAACAGAAAUACUCGGAAAGUCGAUAAAAUUUGCUUUGGUGUAAAAAAAAACAUUGGUUGCAUUUGGAAUGGCUCGUCAAACAAAUUUUUUUUCAUAGGAUUUUUCUCAACUUCAAUGUUCUUACUGAUUAGUGCUGGCUGAUGCCAUUAAGCGCGAACCGUUUCAUGGUCGGGUGCAAACUGAUUUUCGCAGCAUAAGCCAUUUCGAAAAGAAACUAUGAAUAAACUAUUUUGAUUUUAACUAAAAGUUCUCUUCGAGUUAAAGAAACAAGCGAGUUUAUCAUGUGCUCAAGGCUUCAAAAACCCAUGGUCGCACUUGGAAUGGCUCGAACGCGUCGCGGUUCGCGUUGCGGUUUCUUUUCUGGGUUUUGAGACGUUAAGAUUUCCAAGUGCGAUGUCCCUAUAUGGGCAACUUUAUGGGCCCUUGAAGGGUCCCCACUAGGGACCAUUUUACCAACCCCUAUAGGGGCCACUAAAUUCUGCAAAAGCGCUCCUUAUAGGGGUUUUUGUUAGUGGCCCCUAUAGGGUCGAUCAUUACUAAGAACUCAAUAAAAAGAAGCAUUUCGCGAAAAAUUCAAAUUAUUUCUAGUCCGGCUUGUUCAACGGCGAAGAACUCCAACGUUGGCGACGAUACAAAGACGCCGUCGCCCAGCUACAGUACGACGAUAACACCGUAGACUACCGUAUCCGAGAAUCCAUCAUGAAGCUCGACGCGCUGAAUUUGGCGCCGAGAAAUGUUUAA